CAAUGAUUUUUUUUACGGGAGCCAUUGAAGGCAGCAGCACUCUCCUUGUGGCACAUGACCGUAUGUAAACAUUUCGGAAUGAAUCAUGGCUGCUCCGUUGGUUAGGAUUUUUUCAAAGUCUUGCAAACAGAUCUCUCGACCAUGGGGGGCAUAUCAUGCUGGAUGGAGGAGUACGUCUACCAGAUCUGCCCCAGAUGUGGCUGCAGACCGGGCAGCUGGGGUGGUCUCCUUUCCUCCACUUCAGACAUUUUCAGAAGAGGAGAACAUGAUGAGAGAGGCAGUGAAAAAAUAUGCACAAGAACGCAUUGCUCCGGUUGUGUCAAAGAUGGAUGAAAAUUCUACCAUGGACAAGGAAGUGAUUGAAUCUCUCUUUGAGCAGGGUCUCAUGGGCAUUGAGAUUGACCCAGAAUAUGGCGGCACUGGCUCUUCGUUCUUCUCCUCCAUUUUGGUCAUUGAGGAGCUGGCAAAGGUGGAUCCAUCUGUUGCUGUGCUCUGUGACAUCCAGAACACGCUGAUCAAUACGCUGUUUGCCAAACUGGGUACUCCAGCUCAGAAAGAGCAGUACCUCAGCCGCCUGUCAACUGAUAUGAUUGGAAGCUUCUGCCUCUCUGAAGCUCAGUCAGGAAGUGAUGCCUUUGCUCUGAAGACACGUGCUGAAAAACAUAAGGACUAUUACAUCAUCAACGGAUCCAAGAUGUGGAUCAGUAAUGCAGAGCAAGCAGGUGUAUUCCUGGUGAUGGCCAAUGCGGAUCCCGCUGCUGGAUACAGAGGCAUCACCUGCUUCAUUGUGGACCGGGACACUGAGGGGCUUCAGAUUUGCAAGAAGGAGAACAAGCUCGGCCUGCGUGCAUCCUCCACCUGCCCGCUCAACUUUGACAAUGUCAAGGUACCGGACAAGAACAUUUUGGGACAGGUCGGCCAUGGGUACAAGAAUGCCAUUGGAAUGUUGAAUGGGGGCAGGAUUGGCAUAGCUGCUCAGAUGCUUGGGCUGGCACAGGGUUGCUUUGACCACACUAUUCCUUACACCAGACAGAGGGUGCAGUUUGGAAAACGCAUCUUUGACUUCCAGGGCAUGCAGCACCAAAUAGCCCAUGUAGCAACACAGAUUGAAGCAGCUCGGCUGCUGACGUACAACGCAGCUCGUCUGAAGGAAGCUGGGAGGCCUUUCAUUAAAGAGGCCUCCAUGGCUAAAUACUUUGCUUCAGAGGUUGCAACCUUGACCACCUCCAAGUGUAUUGAAUGGAUGGGCGGUGUGGGCUUCACCAAAGACUACCCCAUGGAGAAAUAUUAUAGAGACUGUAAAAUUGGUACCAUUUAUGAGGGCACAACAAAUAUCCAGCUGUCCACAGUUGCCAAGUUCAUUGAUAAGGAGUAUGAGCACUAAAACCAUCUGAUAGAUUGCACUUUGCUAUGUUACACUCCAUUUUUUUCCUCAAAUGACUGAUUAUUGCAGAAUAAUUGAUGUAGCAGUAAUGUUAGGCUGUAGACCUCAGUUUUGUUGCUAUAUCACCAACUUGUACUUUUAUAAAGUAGUCGCCCCAACUGUUGUUACUGCUGUUGCUGGUUCCAGUUCCCCAUCUUUAGGGUUAAAUUUGCUCUGGCAAACUCAUGCUUUUUUAAAUUUCCCAUUCACUUUCUGUCACUUUUUCAAACCACCAGGAACAAGACAGUGUUUGUCUGUAGAGACCUUCACCAUUUCCCUUUUGUUCAUUCUGCUUAUUGAGUUGUGUUGAUAGAUUAUGUCAGAAGUUCAUCUGUAUGUUGCAGUAUGAAAAUGAAUCUUUGAAAAGUAUUGAUCGGGAUUUUCUUUGAAUGUUUCAGUGCCUUCAGAAGGUCUGCUGUGACUGAGAGCAGUAACGUGUGUUUCCUCUGCACUCACAUAAAGUAUAAGCUCCAUAAACACUGUACAUUUCCUUGUUGGCAAAAUGAGGAAGUGACUUCACAUCAUGAAAAUAAAUCAUCUGUAAAGAGUAAUCUAACAUAAUUAACAAAAUCAAUAAAUGUGAAGUAGACUGGA